UAAGGAGGUGGUGAGGCGCUGUGUGAACAGAAUCCAUGAGGCUGUUGAGAUGAGCACAUCAGAGCUGGAGUCGGAGCAGAGCGCAGAUGUCGUAACAUGCCUCCCCUGACAUAGCAAAGCUACCUCUGCACUCAGAUGAAGGUUUGCAGUCGAAGCUGAGGAUGGCAGGAGACUCUCGUGUCUACAUGGACCACGACAUGGAGAUAGGAGUGACGCCAAAAGAGCAGGUGAAGAAACUCCCCAAGCACCUGAGAGAACCGCAAAUCCCUACAGAUCGUACUCACCUCAUCUCCGACCCCGUCAAAAAACCCCGUCAGCGCUACGUACAGAAAGAUGGCAAGUGCAACGUUCAUCACGGAAACGUUCAAGAGACGUACCGGUAUCUCAGCGACCUCUUCACAACACUGGUUGACUUGCGUUGGCGCCUCAGUUUCUUCAUCUUCACUCUAGUCUAUGUGAUCAACUGGUUGUUCUUUGGAUUCCUGUGGUGGCUAAUUGCGCUCAUACGAGGAGAUCUUCUACACUCCGAUGAGGAGGGCUGGACCCCUUGUGUGGAAAACCUCAACAGUUUCGUCUCAGCGUUCCUCUUCUCCAUCGAAACGGAGACCACCAUUGGCUACGGCUACCGUGUCAUCACAGAGAAAUGUCCAGAAGGGAUCAUCCUACUGCUGGUGCAAGCCAUCCUGGGAUCCAUUGUGAACGCCAUGAUGGUGGGUUGCAUGUUUGUAAAGAUCUCACAGCCCAAGAACCGAGCAGAGACGCUGAUGUUCUCCCACAAGGCUGUGAUCUCUGUGAGGGACAACAAGAUGUGCCUGAUGUUCAGAGUGGGCGACCUACGUAAUUCUCACAUUGUGGAAGCGUCCAUUCGCGCCAAACUGAUUCGUUCGCAGCAGACCAAGGAGGGCGAGUUUAUCCCGCUCAACCAGACGGACAUUAAUGUUGGCUUUGACACAGGAGACGAUCGGCUCUUCCUGGUGUCACCCCUUAUUAUCUCGCAUGAGAUCAACGAGAAGAGUCCUUUCUGGGAGAUGUCCCGGGCGCAGAUGGAGAAAGAAGAGUUCGAGAUUGUAGUUAUUUUGGAGGGCAUGGUUGAAGCUACAGGCAUGACCUGUCAGGCUCGCAGUUCAUACCUGGACUCGGAAGUGCUGUGGGGCUACCGCUUCACCCCGGUGCUUUCCCUGGAAAAGGGCUUCUACGAAGUCGACUACAACAACUUUCACGACAUAUACGAGACCAACACACCCACUUGUAGCGCUAAGGAACUGGCUGCCAAAUUAAAAGAAAGCCCGCUCCUUCCCCACCUCCCUCUCCUCAGCCCUGACCUCAGGCAGCACACACCGGACCCCUUCUCCAUCCAAGACCCCCUGACCUUGCAAGAGGAGAAGGAUGGAGAGAAUGGUACAGAGACAAACAAUGGCUCCGCCAACCGUUUGGAGGUGAAUCCAUGAUGGAAAACCCCUCUCCAGACGGACUCGAGGACUGCGUAGUGAUUGGCCAGCUUCUUUUUCCCUCGCAUGGAGAGAUUUCCUUGCAAUAGCCAUGCAAUACGAUUCCAGAUUUCUCUAGAGAGCCGAGCAUAUGCGUAGAGCAAGGUUAGACGCACAACCAGAUGAGAAUCCGUAUAUUUAUACUGCACAUGCCUACACACUCAUGAAACUACAUGCCUACUGUAUACUCUCUUUUAGCUUUUAAAACUCCGCCAUGCAAUUUUUCAUGCUAUCAAUGCCCUGUACCUCAACGAUAAAAGAGUAGCCAUAUGCACUUCAAUCCUCCAGCAAAUUAAUGACAUAGAGGGCUUUGUUGGGAGGUCAUACACCUUAAUGUAACCAUAGAAAAUCAGCUUUAUUAGAAUUCCAAUGCAAUGACUCAUAGGAGAAAUACGGAGCCAAUGUCAAAGUUACACUAAUGCUUGUGUGUUUAACCACGAUGGAGGCCACAGUCGUGGGCUGCGGUGUCUUGUUUCUUUAUCCUAUUCUCUUGUAUGUUUUCUCUGUAUUGUAUUUAUGAUAUCGAGUCCUCUAACUCAUAACAUCAUCGCUGCAUGUGAUAAGGCUUGCAGAAUGUGUGCGAAAUGUUUGCCAAUGCACCAGAUAAAAGCACAACCACUGCAGCGGUCGACGUUAACCUGCAGUAAGUACUGUAAAAUACUGGUGAUGAGGGAGAGUCAGCAGAUCUGGUUUUAGAAAUGUUGCCUGUCAUUAUGUUUGUCUUGGUUUUGCAGUAAAAAAAUGUCCUAAGAUCUUUAAAACAAGAGAAGCAAAGUUGCAUUGAUUUCAAGACUCCAAGUUCUCUUGGAUUUACAUAUAUUUAUGUUUGCAAUAUUGAGAAAAAAAUUAAAAAUAAAUCAACAAAUUUAAUCAGUUUUAUGCUUAGAAUAAAUUUAAAACUCGAUUAAGGAUAUCGUCGCUGUCCUUCUGAAACCUUGAAUGUUCAAAUUAGCUGAUUUUCAGGAAAAAACACUGUACCUUUAAAAUGAAUAAAUACUGUGUUGUCAAAGUUAACAAGCAAUUUUAAAUACUUUAUAUUGGUUAGAUAUUUGCAAAUCCCAGUGACAAGCAUAAAGGCUGAAUAAUAAUCUCGAAAUAUGGAGAUACGAGGUUUCAGAAGGACAGCUGCGAUAUAUAGCAUGAUUUCUAUGCAAUGUUGCUUUGAAGAUAUUUUAAACAAGCCAAAAUGUUGAAUUUUUUUGCUGUGUAUGGAACAUUGUUAGAUCGAGUUCACACCUCGACUCCAGGAUUUUUUUGUCUGUCACGUCUGAGUUUUGUGUGCCGGUUUGAGCCCACAAACAUACUGUAAGAAUGUCAUUCCCUUUCACGACCAGCCCGAAGAACUGUGUUUAAAGCAAGCAUGAACCUGACGUUCUGUACACUUUCUAAACAGGGUAUUUUGUAAGGCAUGCAGACUUCAAAAACACAAACACUUUCUACAAAAAACUGAGUGAAAAAGAGUGAUCAGUUGUGAUUAGGGGAGAGUUUAUUUGCAUUUUAGAUGGAACUUACCUGACAAGUCAUUUUCACAGAAUAAUAUUAUAUGCAGGCUAUUUACAUAAAUAAAAAAUAA